AUUAGGUUUGUGAUCCGUAAUUUGGAACAACCCGGUACUAAGGACGCCAAAUUUCUCGGUAACACAGAAUAACUAAUGGAAUUAUUUAUCGUCUGUUGUUAAACAAAUAACUUACCAUGGCUGCAUCCAGUUUUGAUCAGAAAUCAAUGAUAAACCAAGCUCAGCACAUAUGGACAAUGUUGGAUGAAAUGGCAGCAAAUGAUCCAACAUCUUAUAAAAAGUUUAUCGAAAGACAUAUCAAGGAAGGUAAAGAAGAAAUGGCACCACCUAAACCUCACAUGUGUAUUCGGACAGUUAUAAAGGCUCCUCAAAAAGAGACACUGUAUGUGAACUUUUUUGGUUGGCAUCGAAUACCUGUACCUAAAACACCAGAUGACUCUGUACCAGCCAUGGGCAGUUGUAUAGAAAAGGAAAAAGAUGAUAACGGAGUGCAUGCCAUAUUUUCUGUUGCUUUUAAUCCUAAAGUAUUGGAAGAAUUUGGCAGAGAAGCGAAGAACUUAGCAGAUCAGGACAUACUUGUAAACUUGGCUCUAGAUUAUAUUGAGGAUUUAAACACGGUCAAAUGUUCAAGAAGUUACAUAAUUUUACCUAAAGACAACCUAUACAAAGGGUCUCUACCAAAAUUACAAAAAAGUUUCACCAAAAAGACAUCUGAUAGUGAUAAAAAACUUAAUGAGGAUUUUGAUGAGAUGAUAAAAACGUUUGGACCAUUAGGCGGGUCUUCCGAUUCUAAGGGAUCUUUACUUGAACAAUUAGCUACGAUAGCAGUAGAAGACGUUACACCUACAGCAUCGUCCCCCGAAAAGGAACCCAAAAUUAUUCUUCCAGAUGCUAUAAAGUCAAAACCAGGCCUGAUAAAAGAAAUUGGCGGAGAUGACAAAGGCGGUAUUGAAACACCGAAGUAUGAAAUAGAAAAGUCUUGGAAUGACAAAAAUCAUGGAAUGUGUUGUGUAAAAAUCUUUUUACCCAAGGUGACUAGUGUUAGUGAAUGUGAAUUGGAUAUUUCAGAGGAUGAUUUAUCACUAACGGUACCAGAGAAAUACAGUUUCAAGUUAAAGUUGGUAGAUCCCAUAGAUGAUGAAAAGUCAAAAGCAAAAUUCAUCAAAAAAAGUCAUUGUUUAAUGGUAACAAUGCCAAUAAUAAAGAAAUAAAAAUUAUUGUUUUUUUAAACUGUCUUGAAUUAUUAAUGAAUGAGCAACUACCGUGGCAGAUACACCCACUGGGAGUAGUCAAACAAUGACCAUUUUGGGAUGUUGGUUUGUUAAGCAGUGGACACAUUAGCCAAAUAAAAUUCGGCCGCAUGGGUGGACACACUAGCCGAAUGCCUUGCCCGAUUCACCAGUCGAUUGCAUCACCUUUCACAUCACAUGAUUAAACAUGGUGGAGUCUAUGGCUUCAAACAACCACAUGACUUCUCGAUAUGGAUGGAUGGAUGAUGAGUGGUGAUUGGCUAAUAAAUUCUACAUUUGACAAAGCGGACACACCAGGCGAAUAUAAUGUUUGAUUUGUCCGAAAGACAGUGGACACACUAGGCAAAUUUAGACGCCAAUGAUUUGGCCGAAUCAUUCAGCUAGUGUGUCCACCGCUUAAAAGCAACCAUUUGAAUAGAGUGAAUUGAAUUUAUGAGUAGGUCGUAGUGCUGCUGCCAUGGCCAAAUUUUCCUCAUAGCACACUGUAUGGUCUAUGCCCGUCUUCAUUAGCCCAGUCAGUGCAAAAUUGGAAAAACAUUUCAAAUGAACAAUCCCUGUGAAGUUAAAAAUAAUCAGACAAUAACUGGCUUGUGUAGAGCACAAAAAGAGUUG